CGCAAUGUGAGGUAGGAGGUAAGGGAAGGUAGGGAUGAUAGGGGGCAUCAGCUCUGGGUGUCAUGGACUGUGAGAGUCAAGAAAGGGAAUGGCCUGUCUGACUUGGGUUCGAAAGGGUCCCACUGGCCAUUGCAGUGUGAACCAGCCAGGCCAAUUCUGCAUUGUUCCUGCUCUUCCAGGCAGUAGAAGAUUACGCCCAGAGUCAGAAGGGGGUGGGGGUGGGGUGGGAAGAACUGGUCCUUUAGUGAGGGUGUGAGGCCAACAGGAUUUCCUGGCAUGUUGGAGGUGAAAGGGAAGAGGCACAGGUGGCUGUGCUUUGGGCCACAGCAGCCAGAAGCCAGUUGCCAUUGCUUUUGACGAGAGAGAGAGUGUGUGUGGGGCACAGCCCAGAGUGGAGUGUGUUUAGGGUAGAUCAGGAGGUAUAAGUGGGCAGUGGGCAAGCCAGGCUGGGGGUUGUGGGAGAGGCCUGGGUUGCAGGUGUAAGCGUGGGACCCAUGUCAGGUUGGUGGUAGGUCACGAACGCUGGGCUGGCUGUCAGGUCCUUCCUGCUGGCUUCCCACUCCCAGAGGCUUUCUCCUUCCAGAUUCUUAAGCUGGGUGAGGGGCAGGACAGAGCCCUUUCCUAGGGAAGCCUGGCACCCCUCACUGUCCAGGAAAGGGGAGUCCUUCUAACUUCUGGCAGCUUCUCUGCCCCUCCCCUGGCCUAGUCAGGGCUGGGUUCUCACCCACCUGUGCCACCUUGCCUUGUCACCCAGAAGCACAGCCUUGGGGACCAAGCGGGCCCUCACUGUCCCUUUAAGAAGGGAAUCAGCCACCUUGUGUUCACCACCUCUGAGGAAGGUGUGAGAGGAGAGAAGGAAGUGGCUGUUUGGCUGCUGACAACAUGAAGACUUCCUGCGCUGAGAACAGAGGCCCAGGUGCCCUGUAGCCCCCAGAACCUGGACUGGAAGGAGCCAUGGGGCACCGGACCCUGGCCCUGCCCUGGAUGCUGCUGACCCUGUGUGUCACUGUGGGGACCCCAGAGGUGUGGGUGCAAGUUCAGAUGGAGGCCACUGAGCUCUCAUCCUUCAUUGUCCGUUGUGGGUUCCUGGGAUCUGGCUCCAUCUCCCUGGUGACUGUGAGCUGGGGGGGGCCCGAUGGUGCCGGGGGGACCAGGCUGGCUGUGUUGCACCCAGAACUUGGCACCCGGCAGUGGGCUCCUGCCCACCAGGCCCGCUGGGAAACCCACAGCAGCGUCUCUCUCACCUUGGAAGGGCCUGGGGCUGGUAGCCCCUCUGCCAACACCACCUUCUGCUGCAAGUUUGCGUCCUUCCCCGAGGGCUCCUGGGAGGGCUGUGGGAGCCUCCCGCCCAGCUCAGACCCAGGGCUCUCUGCCCCGCCAACUCCUGCCCCUAUUCUGCGGGCAGACCUGGCUGGGAUCUUGGGGAUCUCAGGAGUCCUCCUCUUUGGCUGUGGCUACCUUCUUCACCUGCUGCACCGACAGAAGCACUGGCCUGUCCCUAGGCUCCAGCCACCCCACACGAGCCCCCAGUCACCGAGAUCACGAGCAUGGGCACCCAGCCAGGCCUCCCAGGAUGCUCUCCAUGUCCCUUGUACCACUAUAAACACCAGCUUCUGCCCAGCUACUUUGGACAUGGCUCACCCCCACGGGGGGCCAUCCUGGUGGGGAUCGUUCCCCACCCACACUGCACACCAGCCCCAGACCCCUGCAGCCUGGGCCUCCACAGCCUUCCCUGCACGUGGCAGCUUUGUCUCCGUUGAGAAUGGACUCUACGCUCAGGCAGGAGAGAGGCCGCCCCACACAUGUCCCAGCCUCACUCUCUUCCCUGACGCUCGGGGGCCCAGGGCCAUGGAGGGAGACUUAGGAGUUCAGUGAGAGAGACCAUGAGGCUGCUAGGCUUUCCCCCUCUCAGGCCUCCUGGGUGCCAUCCACUUACUUUAUUCUUGGGCCUCCAAUAAGUGUCCCACGGGUACCUGACCGGGCCCACCUGCUGCGGAUGUGGUCUGUGUGCACGUGUGGGGGUGUGGGCACAGGCAUGUAUAAGUGACAGAACCCCAUUCCAGUUGUUUCCUGCUGUGACACUUCCCCAACCCCUGUAACUAAGACAGCAACACAGUUCCUCUG